UUAACCGUAAAAUAUCGUCAUUUCAUACAUUGUUGUUGGACGAAGUUAAUGUGAUUGAAAUUCUUUCUCUUGUGUUGUGCUGAUUAUUGAUAAAGGUCGUUAUUAAGGACAUCUGAUUUGAUAAUUAAUUAAUAUUGAAGUUUUGCGGAAAAUUUUUACUAUUCGUGUUUAUUUUAAAAUUUAGUAAAAAUGCCCAGACGAGGCCGAUCAGCUCCCAUGAGGUCUGCUCCAAGACCAGCAAGUCAUGUACCUGCCAGAGCACCUCCCACACAGCCUGCCCCCGUUGCAGCUGCUCCGCCUCCAAUGGUUGCUCCUCGACAACCAGGAAUGUUUGCUCAAAUGGCCACAACUGCGGCCGGUGUUGCUGUUGGAUCAGCUGUUGGUCACACAAUAGGUCAUGCAUUAACUAGUGGAGGAAGUGCUGCAGAAGCUGUAGCACCAGAACAAGCGCCUGCAGCACCUGCUCAGCCUCAAGCUCAGAGAAAUGCCUGUCAAUAUGAAUUCAAACAAUUUUUGGAAUGCACACAACAACAAUCUGAUAUUAGUUUAUGUCAAGGAUUUAAUGAAGUUUUUAGACAAUGCCAGCAAGCUAAUGGUUUGGCUCCUCAAUUAAGUUAGAUGUUUGAAAUUCAAGAUCAAUUAGUGUAGAAUGAUGUUUCCUAGGUUCAAAAUAUUUUAUUUAGUGUGUUAGGCAUGAAUCAUUGUAACCCCAGUUGUAAUUGAUAAUAAAUAUGUUGUAAAAUAUA